AGCAGUUCUUUAAAUAUAUAACACUCAAGUCACGGCAGAGACGAUCUCUUCAGCCACUGCGCGUUAAUACACAUCUCGCCACGACUGUCAACAUUCAACCAUCCACCAUGGCCACCGCACAGCCGAUCUUCUCACAGGGAGAAAACUGCAAACAAGUGUGGCAUGACGCUAGUGCUGACUACAAUGCAGCCGACACACACCUGGAGAUCAUGGGCAAACCCGUUAUGGAGCGCUGGGAAACUCCAUACAUGCACUCUCUUGCAACAGUUGCUGCAUCUAAAGGUGGAAGGGUGCUUGAGAUCGGCUUUGGAAUGGCCAUAGCAGCCACUAAAGUGGAGUCCUUCCCCAUUGAGGAGCAUUGGAUCGUUGAGUGUAAUGAUGGUGUAUUCCAGAGGCUACAGGAAUGGGCCAAGAGUCAGCCACAUAAAAUUGUUCCUCUGAAAGGCCUGUGGGAAGAGGUUGUGCCAACCCUACCUGACAAUCAUUUUGAUGGUAUUCUUUAUGACACGUAUCCUUUGUCAGAGGAGACGUGGCACACACAUCAGUUCAACUUCAUCAAGGGUCAUGCUAACAGACUGCUGAAGCCCGGCGGUGUGCUCACAUACUGUAAUCUCACUUCCUGGGGUGAUCUGCUGAAAAACAAAUAUAAUGACAUCGACAAAAUGUUCCAAGAGACACAAGUUCCCCAUCUGCUGGAAGCAGGAUUUAAGAAGGAGAAGAUCAGCACCACAUUGAUGGACAUCAGUCCUCCCAGUGAAUGCAAAUACUACUCCUUUAAGAAGAUGAUCACACCCACUAUUAUUAAAGAAUAAGAAAACAAACCGCAUUUAAAUCAUUUUAUUGUUAAUUUUCUCUGAAACUCAUUUAAUUUAUCUACAAGGGUGAAUAUUGUAUUAAAAUCUCAAAAUUACUAGAAAAAUGUUUUUAUAAAUGACCAUGCAUAGUUGUGCCAUUCAACAACAGUUUUUUUUCCCAUUGUACUGCUCGAAAAUAAACACUACAUAAUUUA